CCACGAAAGUGGCAUGGAUUCACCUAGACACUCAAGUAGUCAGUUAUCAAGAACUCACCUUCGACUUCCGCUCGCGGGAUGCUUUGCUAUCGAGACUGUUUAUGCUGGCAUUUUGGGCACAAGACGAAGAAAUGCCAUUGGAUGAUGCUGCAUAUCUGGACUUUCUGCGAGAAGCAUUCCUUCUCCUUUACAUGCUAUUCCAGGUCCUAGGAAAAAUGCAGAAGGCUCUCCAACAAGAGCGUCGACCCUUCACUUUAGGACAUUUUCGCCACCUACUCAAUGAUGCCAGUUUUCGCAAGCAAUACGGAGAUUCCGUCUACAGGUACACACACGCCUUCGUCGAUUUUACGGAGUGUCUCCAGUCAAUCGGGGAGACGUAUCCGCUCACGUGGAUUUCGAAUUACAGAGAGUUCUCGCAAAAUCCAAAAUGCCUUAGUCUGUAGCCCGGUUGUCAUCCUCAACCGCAACUACUAUGAUGGCGUUGAUGCGCUUGUCCUGAGAAAGGGACAUCAAGAUGUUUUGCACGUCCCAACCAAGAUCAGCUUCGAAACUGUGGAGCAAUUUCGGCGGCAGUUGGGAUUCUCAAGGCCUGAAUGGCCCUAUCGCAAUGAUAGACCUGCAAAGAUGGUGGACACGAAUGGACAUCCUUUGGGCGCCCUGGCCGAUGUCCUAUCUAAACUAUGGGAAUUGCUCGUGCAGCCGAUCCUAAAGGCCCUGUCAAUUGUCCCCGCCGAUGUCUGCACCGAUCCUCCUCGCCUGUGGUUCUGUCCGAUUAGCAUUUUAGCAUUCAUGCCUCUUCACGCGGCGGGUGACUACUCCAAAGGUGGAAUUGGUCACAAGAUUUCUGACUAUGUUAUACCAUCAUACACAUCCACGCUGGCCGCUCUUUCGCCACCUAAACCGUUACCGUCGUCGAAUAAACCAAUCAGCGUAUUAGCAGUCAGUCAGUCUCAAAGCGGCGCAUGUCACUCUUAUUUAUAUCCAGCACUCCCCAACGCCCAAGAAGAGGUUUGCAAAAUCGAGCAGAUCGCGUCUCACUUCAAGAUCGCUUCACAAGUAUUGCAAGAUUCGGCAGGCACCGUGUAGAGCGUCUUGGAUGGGAUGCGGAAUCAUAGCUGGGUCCACUUUGCGUGUCACGGAACACAAGGCAUUCCUAACCCACUGGAUAGUGCCCUGAUACUGCACGAUGGACGUUUGACCAUGUCCAGCCUAAUUUGUACAGAGCGUCUAGGGCAUGCCGACUUCGCUUUCCUCUCUGCUUGCGAGACAGCUGCAGGAGCCGAGAACCUCGUCGCCAAUGCUGCACACCUCACGGAAGCCAUGCAGCGCGCAGGCUAUCGCAGUAUCAUUUCCAUGGCCGGCAAGCCAGAUAGCACUAAGGCAGCGAUUGCUCUUCAUUACGCCACCAAGAUGCUGCGCGAG